AUGGCUUUCUUCUGUCCCAACUGCCACAACAUCGUCCUCGUAAACAUCGAAAAUGGCGUGUACUUCUACUGCAAAACAUGUAACUUUAAGUACAGAAUAAAGAACAAAAUUUUUAACAAGUUCGAUUGCAGGGAACUUAACAAAACCAUCCCCCUGGAUGCCGUUGACGUGAACAACAAAAAUAUGUCCAAGACGCAGGCCGUCUGCCCCAAGUGUACACAUGACGAAGCGUACUUCUACAGCAUGCAAAUCCGGUCAGCGGACGAACCCAGCACGCUCUUCUACAUUUGCAUUAAGUGCAACCAUCACUGGAAGGAGUGA